ACUCUCUCAGUUCUGAAAUAGUUGCUGCAACACCUUCCCUCUUCAGAAAGUCAUUUGAAGCAGUUCUACAAUCAGCCAACCAUGUCAAUGAUCAGUGGGGAUAAAUCAUCUACAGAGAUACUAAGUUUGAAAAGCUCUGAUAAUGAAAUCUUUGAAGUGAAGAAAGAAGUGGUGCUUGAGUCAAUCACCUUAAGGGGUAUGGUAGAAGAGGAUGAGUUUUCAGAUACUCUUAUCCCUCUUCCUAACGUGGAAGGAAAGAUACUAUCAAAAAUAAUCCAUUACUGCCAAAAGCAUACCGAGGCUCGAGCUAAAGUUAAUGGGAGUGAAGGGGCUGCUGAUAGUAAAGAGAUUAAGGAUUUCGAUUCUGAAUUUAUUAAUGUUGAUGAUAAAACCCUACUCGGUAUCAUCUUAGCAGCUAACUACUUGAAUAUUAAAGAUCUGUUGGAUUUAGGUUGUCAAAAAAUAGCUGAUAACAUCAAAGAGAAGUCUGUAGAAGAUGUUCGUAAAACCUUCAACAUCAAGAAUGACUUUACACCUGAGGAGGAGAAAGCAAUUCGUGAAGAGAACUUGUGGGCUUUUGAUUAGAUUUUAGUUUAAUUAGUAUGGUGUUUACAAAUUUUAUCUCUACAACUUUUCUUGUAAUUCAUAUUUAGAGUCUUUGUUCUUAUUUUGGAGUAUUGUAGAGAGGAUCAGGAAGAGAAGUGUGGGACUUGAAAAGAAAUAUUGUGCAGUCUAUUGGAGGAUUGCUUCAGAUCAUGUUUGAGCAUAUGUAAAAACGAAACCCACUCCAUAGCGAAAUUAUCACUGAUAAGUUUAGGUAACGUGGAAAGAACUUUUAGAACCCUUUUUAAAGGGUA